AUUUUGUUUAGUAGUUCAUUCUUUUAAACCGGACCUCUGACUUAGCUUGAAACUAGCAAUCAGAAGGAAAAAGUAAGAUAUAUCAGCAUCAACAUGGGUGGUGGUGAUUAUAUUGUUCCUCAUGGUACAGAGGAAGAUUCUUGCUCCGAGGAAAAUUCUCUCUGGUUUUCAUCUCAUUCCUCAUUUGGUAUCGGGGACAGUAUGAUCUUGCAGGGUGAAAGCAACAAGAUAGAAAGCGGGUCGAUUUACGGUGAAAUUGAUGAAGAAAGCACAAAUCCUUCUACGGUUAAUCUUGAAGUCACUGAAAAGAUAAAACCUAGUAACUACCUACAAUGUUGUUGUGAUGAAUUGAAGAUUCAUAAAAGGGAUUUGAAGAGGGAGAAACAAAAGAUUUUGAGAUAUAAGCUUGGAGCAUGGAUUGAGAAGGUUGGUGGCUUAGAGAGAAGUGAUUAUGAUGUACCAAAGACAACAUGCCUCUUAAUGGUUGGUCCAACUGGAUCUGGGAAAAGUAGUCUCAUAAAUAGAAUCUCUAAAGUGCUUGAGGAUGACAAAUUUGCACCACCAAGAGCACAAGAAUCAUAUAACUCAUAUACAGAGAAUGGAACAUACUUCCUGCAGGAGUAUAUGAUGCCAAGAUCUUCAAAUUCUUUUUGUUUGUAUGAUACACGCAGUUUGUCAUAUAACUUGGACAAAGAUAAAGAUGAGAACAUUAGAAUGAUGAAUGGUUGGAUGACAAAAGGUGUCCGUCAUGGAGAGCUUGCUGUCAGGAAAACAGACAAUGAGAGAUUGAGGAAAAGUCUGGAGAGCAAAGCUCACAAGAAAGGUUACUUUUCCAGUGAGACAAGAAAAGUUAAUUUUGUAAUAUAUGUUGUUAAUGGUCUUCUGGUUCUGAAAGCAAUGAAGAAUGCUGGUGCUUUGGAGACACAGUACGUUGAAACAAUUGUUUCUACUUUCAAAUGCCCAUUCCUAUCAUUUAAAGAUGACAAACCAGUACUGGUUUUCACUCAUGGGGAUCUCCUUUCACACACUGAGCGUGCUCAUGUACGAGGACAUCUGGGAAGAGUAUUGGGAAUUCCACCCACCAAGCAAAUAUUUGACAUCCCAGAUUGUGAUUGUCCAGUAACUGUGUCUGCCAUAGUUGGAAUGCUACGAUAUAGUCUUGCACAUGCUGACAGAAAUUUUCCUCGGAAAUGCAUUGUUGAGGAUAAGGUUCAUAAGGUAUCUCUGUCAAUAUACAUGAUUAUGCUGAUUUUAGGAAUAGGAGUGGCUAUUGGCUUUGCACAAAAUACAGAAGGAUAUGUUCCACAUCCAAAAACAAGAGUUCUCAAGAGCAAGCCAAAGAUAGAGUGGCAUAAAAUUAGGCACAUAUGGUAGUUAUGAAUAUUGUUGAUAUGGCAUAAAAUUAGGCACAUAAUGCAGAUUUUUAGUUUGGUUGAUUUGGCAACACUUAGCAUGAAAAUGUAUAGGAAUUAUCACACAAUAUAUUAUAAUAUACCUUUAAAUCACAAUAAUUAGAAGAAUCUCAUUUAA